UCCCCCCCCCCCCCUCCUUCCCCGGGUUCCCCCCGCGGGUUCCGGUCGCCCUGUCCUGCCCUGACCCCGCCGAGCGCAACCGGGCCCGGGGACUUUGGGGCUCCGGGGGGGUAACACGAGGGCAGAGCCGCCUGCCCGGCCCUCCGUGUCCCUGCCGUGUCCCUGCCGUGUCCCUGCCGUGUCCCUGCCGCUGCUCGGCCCGUCCCGUCGCGCCGUGACUGUCCCCAGGCAAGCAGCGAACGCGGACGCGUCUGCCAAGUGUUUGUUAGAAGCUGUUUGGGCCUUUGCACUGAAGCCAAGUGAAGAACCUCAGAAUUGCACUGCACACCAUUUAACUCAGCUCUGGUGUCACUAGCAGUAAAGCAUCUCCACCACCACUGACACCUCAAGUGCUGUUGUUUCUCUUCCUGCCUGUUUCUCCCAUCUCCAUACCUGGAAUCCAGUCCUCAGCAGUUGCUCUGCCUCACCACCCAUCCUGCUGGACUGCUCCCCACCAUGUUUCAACGUAUCACCAGCCUCUUUUUCAGUGACAGUACCGCUCCAGAGGGUCUGGAGGAGCCCAAACCCUUUGUUGAGGAGGCGGAGGAGGAGGAUGGGUGGCUCAUCAUUGAUCUUGCAGGCAGCCGUGCCCGUCCCAGCCCAGCCCGGCGAGCGGCUCCUGGUGGUACCGGGCGUUCGGCGCGAUCCCGCCCGGCACCCCCCGGUUCCCCACCGCCGCCCGCCGCUUCCCCAGCUCCGGCUGGUCCCUGCUUGAUGGAUGAGAGUUGGUUUGUCACCCCUCCCCCCUGUUUUACUGCAGAGGAACCAGGCCCCGGCGAUGUGGGGAGCAGCCCCAUGGAGGACCUGCUCAUCGAGCACCCCAGCAUGUCUGUCUAUGUCACCAGCACCCUCGAGGUGGACGGGGAGGGCCCCGAGGAUGAUGCUGCCGGGGAGGUGCCGGAGCCGCAGCUGGAGCGGCACAUGGGGCACCACAACCGCUCCCUCUCGGUGAAGGCCGCCAUCCUGGAGAAGGUGGGGCAGGCGCGGCGGGUCCAGCGGGCCCGGCAGCGGGCAGAGAGGCCGCGGCUGAGCCAGAAGGCCCUGCAGAGGCAGAACCGGGCCCUGCAGCGCCCAGCACGCCGGGCUGGGCAGCACCCCGGCACCUUCCUCCAUCAGCCCUGCCAGCGCCACUGCAACUACUGACCCAGCGCCGGCCCCCAACACCGCCGGGCACGCCGGGCUGCGGGCUCACCCCACACCCCCACACCCGCACCCCCGGCCCCCCGCUCCCCAUCGCCCGUCCCCCCUCAUCCCUGCUCCCUUUGCCCCCAGCGCCGGCCAGGCCGAGAUCCCUUCGGAGCUGCCGGCAUGGAGGGGGCCACAUUGCCCCCCUCGGCCCUCUCAGCCAUGCCAGCCUUCACGUGGGAAUGUUGGUUAUUCCUGGUGAAAUCACCCGUUUCCGAAAGCCAGAGCUGAGCCUGUUUGUCCUGACGAGCCUGUGACAUCAGUGCCUUUCUUCCCGUGACGCCGUGACUCCAGGUACAGCCAGACUGGGAUGUCAGACGCAGAGACACUGAGCGGGUGUGGGGAGAGCAAUGAAGCAAAAAGCUUUGGGACUUGUAGGAAAAUCUCAUCCACGACACUAAAUAAUGCUUCCUCCCCCCAAAACCAGCAGAAACCCCCUUCCCCCUCUCUCCUUGAUUUCUUAAUCCCAUUUUUACCAUAAUAGGACAAAAAAAAAACCCCACUGGCAGUCCCGAAAGGGCUUGCUGUGGAGGCGAGAGCUGGUGGAAACCUUGGUGGCAGAGUCAGCUCUGUGGCUUGUGGUGGCUCGUGGUGGCUCGUGGUGUUUUUUUUUAAAACCUUCAAAGCAAAUCUCAGGAAACAAAGCACCGUCCAGCCAGACCCCCUGGCAGUGUCCACCCUGGAGCCAGCACAGUGUCACCACCACCCAGCUGAGCCCUCCUGGAGCCACAGGUCUGCCCAAGCCCCACCUGCACAUACGUAUGUACAUAAAUAUGGCUGUGUAUGUAUGUAUCAUCCUAUGUACCCCUGUGCUUGGGAGAGGCACCUCUGUUGAAGCCAAGAAGCAUCAUCUGCCUGGUGUGAACCUCAGGAGGGGAGUGGAUGCAAGGAGCUGAGCAGCUCCUCUGAGCUGGCAAAAAGGAUGUUGGAGCUGGUGGUGAAGGGAUGGCAAAGAGGAGGCUGGAGGGAAGAGGCUGAAGAAAAAGCAAAGGUGGAGCUGAGAGCAGAUGUGAAGGGGCAGGGCCGGGCAAGAGGAUCACUGGCAGUGGAGCUGUGAUGGGACUGCCUUCUUCCCCCACUACAAAUUGCACCCUUUCCUCUGAAGAGCCAGAUUCUGUUAUCAGCAAAGCUGAGUUUUAAUACUGUUCCCUCCCCAUGAUGAAUUUGCUCUGCCUGUCAAGGGACAUACUCCAGACUUUCACUGGCCCCACCGCCAGACAAGGUGGCUCCAAACCCAGAAGAAAUUUGCUGAUUUUCCCCUCAGUUCCCUCCACUUAGGGACAGGUUUUACACCUUGUGCCCCAGAGGCAUCCUGCUUGUGCCAACCCCAAGCCUGGAUUCCCACCCUCUGAGACAAGAAAUACCCUCACGCUUCCUCUAGAAAAAUGCUGAUUUCACAGGAGUUUCUUCCAUUCAUCUUGUUACAUCCCUUAACAUCAGCUUGGGACCUAGGUGGAAGGAAUCAUGGUAAACCCAACCUCAAAACAGCUGAUACUGAUUUAAUUUUUUUUUUUUUAAUGAGAUUUAAAACAAAACAAACCCUCUUAAGAGCACCAGCUGGGGAGCUUGGGCUGCAGCGUGGAUCUUUCACUCCAACAGCACGGCGCUCCAAACAAAAGAUGGAGGAUGAGUUCCCACAGAAUGAGGGAAGAAGUAAUUUCAAAUACCUCUUUUCAGUUUUUUCCUUUCAGUUCUUCCAGGCUGGUUGCUUGUUUCAAGUCCUCCCAAGACCUGGUGCCCUCAUCACCUGAGGGAUGUGACAUGAGCGCGGUGGUGGCUGCUGUGCUGGUGGCAGUUUCAGGCUGUGUUCUGCCACACUGGUUUGUCCCAAUGCUUCUUCAGCCUUUUGGUGAAUCUGGUGGCACCAGAGCUGGUGUUUCACAGCUGGUGGUUUAUCAGCAAAGAAUGUCCUGAGGAAUCCCUUGGCAUCAUCUCCCACCACUCCUUGGGCCUCACUGCUGAACCCAGGACCAUGCUGGAGAUUGUUCUGCUUCAUCUCUGGUGUCUGCUUGGUGAAGAGGCUGAUGACUUCCUGACUCCAGGGGAAUGGUUACAUCCUUUGGCUUCCUGGGCUUCACGUGAAAUGCCUUUUUCCCACCUUGAAGUGCUGCCUGGUGCAAAUUGGGAGCGUGGUAAUCUUAGGGAAGCUGGCAAAGGCAGGGGCUGUGCCCAAGCUCUCGGGUGCCCAGUGGGUGGCUGAUGCUGUGCUGCCUUCCCUCUGCUGCUCUUUUCCACGUUGCUGGGUGUUGUGCACUGUGACCAACACCAUUAGAAGUAUUUUCUCUCUCCCCCAAACACAUAUCAAGAAGUGGACAAGCAAUGUCCUCCCAGCCCAUGCUCCAUUGCAGAUUCUCCUUCAGCACAUCUGAGGUGCUGCCUGUCCCUCCAGAGCACUCCUGAAGUCAGAGUCUGGCUGUGACAGUCCCACCCCUCCACAGCUCCUGGGAGAAGAUGGGCUGAGAACAGCAUCCCUGGGGCACAUCCUGACACCUCUCACCUACCAGCCCCCUCAGGCUCACACGGUACCCCUGGAGGAGAAACCCUCAGUGAAAUCCCCUUCUGUGUCCCACUCCUCCCUCAGGAGCCUGAAGCCCUUGGCCCUGCUCCCAAGGGGCUCAGCACCCAUUUCAAAUGGCUGAUUCCAUCCCAGUUUUCAGAAGUGAAUGCAAACUGUUUCCUUUUUCUGUCUUCUUUCCGUGCCAGUCUGAGACAUCUUUCACCACACUGUGCCCAGCCAGCACAGGACAUGAAGCAGAACUAUUAUCACACUUCAUAUAAAGAGUAUGUUUAUAAAAGAUUAAUAAAUUAUUAAUAAUGUUUUCAUGAAGAGGUUAAUCCCGAGUCCUAGCAUCCCACAGGUCCAUGGAGCACACUUACCACAGCUUAUGUGCUCCUGUGACCCCUGCUCUGUUGUUUGCACACUUGCUUGUGUAUUAACAUCUAAUAAUCACCUAUUAACCCCCUGCAAAGCCACUGUCACCCCACCAGCGUGACCAACCCUUCUUGUGCAAACUGUGCUUGCAGCAGCUCUGCAAUGCUCCUCUCCUGCCCAGCCCUGAGCACAAGACCUGGCCUGAUACCAAAUCUCCUGCCCAGUGUUACCAGAGCAAGAAAACCUUUACACCAAGGUCCUGAACCUCCUUGAAUCUUAAAACAAAUGAAAGGUGCUUAAAAACUGACAACUUUUUCUAUGUGUGCACGCAUGUGCAUGUGUAGAUAUUUUGCAAUGUGCCGUGGGUGUUUGGUAGGUUGUUUUGGGGUGUGGGGGGUUUAGUUUUUUAAAGGCAUGUUGGGAUUUUGUUGGGUUUUUUUUGCACCCAGUUACUUCACUCUGUGAGUAGCUGUGUGAUGCUCUGGGUGGAAAGGUGAAGCAAACCCGGCCCUGCCUGGCAGGGAGGCCCCGGGCUCUGUCCUGCUUGGAUUCCUGGGAUGAGGCUUGCUUUCUUUUCCUUGCUUGUGUGGGGAGAUAUUACAGCACGGACUCAGGGACAAACAAAUAUGCUGGGGUCUUUAAAAAUGUGUAUUUUCUGGGCUUCCCUCUUUGGCUGUUGGGUUUGUUUCUGCCUGUGAGUUUGCUGGUGCUGAAGGAUGCUGCAGGGAGGUGUCUGAAGGCUUUGGUGAGGGGCUGUGCAGGCUGCUGCUUCUUGGUAGAGCUGCAGGAUUUGAUGCUCCAACAAAAUGCCUGCCUGGAAAAGGAGCUGAGGCCACUUGGAGUGAAACCAUCCCUGAGCAGCAGCCCCUCUUCAUCUGCCAUGUCCUGAAAAUUCACCUUACAGCUGCAAGAAUGUGGCUGGUCCCUCUUUGGGCUUGUCUGUGAACGACCAGGUACAGAUUUUAAGCACUGAUUCCCUGAGGAUUUGGGAAGUGAAGUAGAGCUGUGUGUUCUGCAUCAGCCACAGCCAGACUGGCUCCCACCACAUCCCUGGGAUCAGAAGGCAGCCAGGAUGGACAAAGCUGUCAGAGCAAUCACAUGGAGAAAUGCUGAUGCAGGCACCAGGCAGACUUGUGGGAGGAAAUUUUUGUUUUUCUUGCAAUGAAAGCAGAAAAAAAAAAAAAGAAGAAAAAAAAAAGGAAAAAAGGAAAAAAAAAAAAAAAAAAGGAAAAAUUCCCUGAUGGAGAGACCUGGGCAAGUCUCUGCUCAGAGACCACCAGCUGGGCCAGGCAGCUCCCCAGCCCUGCCCUGGAAUCACAGCAAGGAGUGGGCAGGGAUGGGCAGGCUGGGGGCCGUGGGACAAGGCUGGACAAGGCAGGAAAGAUCCUUCCCAGUGCUCAAAGUCUCCUUGGUGCAGGGGAUCUCUGAGCAAGGCAGGAGAGCACUGCAUCCCACGGGGCAGCUUGGUUCCCUGCCAGCACAGUGGAUGAAUCCCUGCAGUGAAGCCUCCCCAGCCAUCAGGACAAGAGCAGGAGAAGCAGCCCCAUGAAGAGGUCUCUGCUCAGGAGAUGGAACCCAGAUGACACCUGGACAUGUCUAAAGCCCCUGUGUCCCCCCUGCCACCCACCUCCUGGGGCAGCUCCCCACCAGUUGGUGGCCUUGGUGUAGCCACAGCACAUGCAGGAACCUCUCCAGCAGCCACAGCAAAUCCUUUCACCCAAGUUUGGCUCUUGCCUGCACUGCAGGGCUGGAGGGAGCUGCCAGGGGAGGUGGGGCAAAAGUCCUUGUCACCUGAGGCUGAUACCUGCACCCAAAAAUGUGAUUUCAAAAAACCCCUCUGCUGUAACAGCUCUAGCUGGAAGGAAACUGAUUCUUUCCAUGGGAAUCAGCUUUUCUUUUUCAUAACAUGAAAGUGUGGCUCAUCCCAAAGAUCACCACCAUGGCAGUCCUCACUCUUCCUUUAGGCAUGUUUCUAAUCAGCAGAUAAUUUUACAUUUACAUCUUACUGAUACCUUUUCCUAUUCCAGCCAAUCUCACUGGGGAGAAAAAACCCCAACCCUCUAGGUGUCGUCAUAUCAGUCAGAACAAAAAAAAAAAAAAAGAAAAAAAUAUGAAAAAAUAUUCCAGUGAGGUUCUGGACUUGAAGCCCACAGCUUUUCAAUUACUUCUGGGGAGGAUAAAUGUCAGUUCCAGUGCCCUGCAUAAUGUGGAAAUGAAAUUUCAGGUGAAUUUAUUGAAAAAUAAGUGAGUCCCCAAAGAUCAAAUCAAAUAGCAAUCAGAAAAUGGCCAUUAAAAGGUGACAGGACACCUGGAGUCAAGAAAAAGGGUUCUCAGUAUCUGCCUGUUGGUGCCUGGCAGUGCUGAGCCCCCUUCCUUUGUGCUGGGGAUGGGGUGAUGGCAGCUCCUGAGUCUUCCCCCUGUGUCCAGGUUUAAAACAAGAGGCCACUUGUGUCCAGCUGGUGCCACGGGGACAUUUUGGCCACGAGGGAUUCUCAGCAUCCACUGUGUCCACAGCUGGCCCAGCAGCACCUCCAGUUUGCUGUUCCUCCUCUGCUGUCUGCACUCAGCUGCUGGUGCUGGGAGGGACAUGGCAGCACCCCAGCUUCCCACCAAGUCCUGGUGACCUCCUAGCCAAAGCUGCCCACAGGGACCAGAGCCCCAGGACAGACACCACACUGGUGGCCUCUCCACCAUCAGGCCAGCUGGUGACAUUAAAGGGCCUUAAAUGAGGUUGAUAGACUCGGGGCUUAUCUUCUUCAGGUGGAGCUUUCCAUCUCUGCCCAUUUCUCUCAGAUUUGCUCAAUGCAACAGCAAAGUCAUCAAUAAUUUCCUGGCAUCCUCAAGGGCUCAGUCCCCAUCCCACUGACAGGACCAGAGCAGCUGCCACAGGUUGUGUGAACAUGGAGGCAGAAGCUGGGGGAAGUGGUGGGAGAGGCUCUGCCUGGUUGGCAAGUCCCUUUUUUGGCCAGAGGUGUUCUCAGACCUGGUGGAGACUCCUUCUUGACUCCAGGAUGCCAGUGGCAGUGGGACACCCAUCAGCCAUGAGUUCCAGACACAGCUUGGGCAGGGAAUGUCCCCAUGGCUGCCCCUUUUCACUGACGCAUCAUCCAACAGCCUUUCCUUUUCCUCCUUAACAGAGAUCCACGUUGUUAACUAAACCCAUGCCUCCCUUAGAAGGAUGAGGAUGACCAAGAUGAGCAGCUCCAUGUAAUGACAAGGAUGGCUCUUACAUGUGGUAGUUUUAAAAAUCCUUUUUUACAGAGAGGUGACACAUAGGUCUGUCCCCCUUCACUGGCUCUGAGCUAACCCCUCCUGGGGUUGAUUUUCCAGCCCUGUACUCCCAGCACACCCAAAGCUCCAUUUAAAGGAUGCUGCCACGUGCCCCAGAGCAUGAACACUCUUGCAAAGCAGCACAGCAAACUGGAAGUGUAGUUUAAAAAUGAGCUGCCUAGGAGAGCCCAUGGCUUCUCUGCUCUGCCACAUUCACCUUGUGCAUCCCCGUCAGAGAAGCAGGGAGCAGCUGUGCCCAAAUCUCACUGAAAUCUUCCUCUCGGUUUGGUAUCGGCACAGUUAUGGUUUUGGGAAAUCUAGGGAUGAGGGGAGAGCACAGAUGUUACAGUAAAAUAGUAAUAUUUUGUCUUGUAUCAUAAACAUAUCCUUAGGGAAGCACUGAGCACUGCAAUAUUUUAUUUGUAUGUAUCAACCCGAGGUAUUCUGCUUGUCAGACAUUCAGGCCCAUAAUCCACUUCCAUGCUGGACUGACUGUACAUGUGCCUUUCACCCUUUGUCAUGGUUUUUUCAUCUUUUUUUAACACAACUGCAGAACUUGAAUCAAUCAGUGAACUAUACAGCUACAAGUCCUAUGCAAGUGAUGACUGGGGAGUCAGUUUUUGGUAUUUCUGUGUUUCUGUGUUGCUUUUGAAGUAGCCACUAGGAUUUCCAGAGAAACCUAACAGGAUUAAUGACCUGAAAAGCAUUUAGCUUUUUUUUUUUUUAAGCUAAAAAUCCUUUAACAUUUUAGCUGUUAAACCUCUUAGGCAGCUUUGGAAAGCCCAGCCUAACCCCCAGCUCCUCACUGGUGUGUGUGUAGAGACUCAGCAGCAGCAAAGCUUGGCAAGGACAGGAGGCCUGUUUGAUAGCUGGUGUGUCCUUUCCAGAGAAAAGGAGAAAAGUGGAAAAGGUUGCCUUAAGCCUGCCCUAAAACCGUGAGGGAGCAGGAUACUGCCCCAGCACCACCGGGGCAGAGCAGCCCCUGGUUUGCCCAGCCCGGUGUUGCAGAGACCCCACGGCCCCAGUGCCCACCAGCAGUUCCAGUGCUGCUGGAUGCCUUACAGCAGUGGGACACCAAACCCCCAGGAGAUUGAGAAGAGGGGUAAA